CAGAAUGUGAAAAUGCGCAUGGCGGAGUGAUUGUGACGACACAAAGAAGGGCAUUGUAUAAAAACAGAAACAGCUUGUCAUCUGAGUGUUGUAUUUGGGUUAUGGUUUACGUAGGAUAAAGUGAGAUAAUUGCUUAGUAUUUAGGAAUUGUCAUUUUUAUUUUUGUUUGAGUGCAUAUAAAAGUUUCAUAGAUUCCUCUGAUAUUUGUUCAAUACAGUGACGUUUUCGAAAUUCAGCUUUAUGAGUGUUAGACAUUUCAACCGGUUUUAAACUUGCAGAAAUACCACUACUAUUACUAGGCUUACUGAUAAUAUUGCAGCAAGGGUAGGUUCAAGUCUCAUUUACUCCAUAGAAUAAGCUCAACGUUAAACUGUCUUUCAAAAGCAUUCGAAAAGAUAACUUGUUAGAAACAAAAUAUAACGUAUAAAUUCAAAUCAACUAUCUAACAAUAAUAUCUAUAAUUUAAAGUACGUCGAAACGUUGACAGGCGUAAAGACUACCUGCUUUUGCUGUCGCGAUCAGUUGUAACGAACAGUACACAGUGACGUAACUUAUUACUCUUAGGUUUUCGUUUUUUCUGCAAAAAAAAUUUGCUCAAUUUUGGAGAUGGCUGGAAAAAAAGCCGGCGUUUUGGUAAAUGUAGAUACCAAGGAACAGCAAAACGUUAUUGAAAAUGGAAUGGAUAAUACUAACGCGUUGCAUUCUGCGUUCGAAAAUGGAAUGAAGUUCAAAUUUUCUGAACAAAGUAAACUACUGCCUGUUUCUAUUAAAAACAAUCUGGCAUCCCAAGAUAACAUAUCUUCUGAAAAUAGGGUAAAACACAAAGCAAAAAGGCCAUCUAAAAUUCUAAAUUUGAAUAAUGAUAUUAGUUGUAAUAUAGAACAAUUUCUGGAAGAACAAAUUGAAAAUAGAGAUAUAAAAUGCCCUCCAAAAUUGUCGAAAAAUAGUCGCCGAUCAAGAGCUGGGUUCGGAAGAGGCCUUCCUAAGAAAGGAGGUGGAGGAGGUAAAGGAACAUGGGGCAAACCUGGAAGUGAGUUAAUUGUUGAGGAAGAUGAUAUUGACAAAGAUGUUCAUGACCCAAACUAUGACUCUGAUACCCAGGAUAAUUGUGAAUUUGAAUCAAUUUUGCCAAAACUGACAACAGAAGAAUUUGAAAGAGUAGUAGAUACUGUUAUUAAAGAAUAUUUUGAAAAUGGAGACACCAAUGAAGUAGCUAUGACUAUGAAAGAGGUCAACCUUGCAGGACUACAGCCAGCUCUAAUUGAAAAGAUGAUCAUUAUGGCCAUGGAACGAAAGCCAUCUCAUCGGGAGAUGACUUCUGUCCUUCUCUCGGAUCUUUAUGGACAUGUGUUUACAGAGGAAGACUUUGAGCAAGGUUUCAAUUCAUUACUCAAGAGUAUGACCGACCUGGUCUUGGACACUCCCAGUGCUCCAGUAAUGAUUGGGAACUUUAUAGCUCGUGCUGUUGCAGAUGACUGUAUUCCACCAAGUUUUGUUGAAGGUUAUCGUGGGAAUGUGGAUUGUCAGUACAUCAGAUCAGCACUUGAACAUGCUGAUAACCUGUUGAGCAUGAAGCAUGGCCUAGUGAGGUUGGAUAAUGUCUGGGGAGUAGGAGGUGGCAUGAGGCCUGUUAGAUACCUCAUCAAUAAGAUUCAGCUGUUGUUAAAGGAAUAUAUGUCAUCUGGGGACAUCAAUGAAGCCACUCGCUGUCUUAUAGAACUGGAGGUACCUCACUUCCAUCACGAGUUCGUAUAUGAAGCUGUUCUGAUGGUCCUGGAAGACAUCCACGAUCUUCUCUCUCCUUUUAUCUGCAAGUUGCUGAAAGCUCUUGCAACAAGUGUAAUUGUCACGCCAGAUCAGAUGAGACGAGGGUUUCAAAGAGUCUAUGAAGAGAUGGCAGAUAUUUCUAUUGACAUUCCUCAUGCUUAUAACAUUCUAGAAAAAUUUGUUACUGAAUGCCAUGCUGCUGGGUUCUUGCCCGAAGAACUCAUUAGAAAUAUUCCUUCCAGGGGGCGUAAACGGUUUGUCUCUGAAGGUGAUGGUGGCUGUGUUAAAAGCAAUGGUUAUUAAACUUCAUUUCCACUUUUUUUUUAAAAUAGAGAAGUAUAGUAUCAUCUGGGUACAGUGUGUUACUUUUAUUUACACAGUACUUUGAUAGAAGUUAGAUAUUAUUGUUUGUUUUAGAACUACUUGAAAAAGACCAAAUUUUGUAUCUAAGUUGCUUCACCAGGAAAUGUGCGGCAUGUUCUGUGUUUGUUUUUCAAUAAUUAAUAUACUUUUAAGGUUUUGAAGGGUCACUUUCAAAGUUUAGUUAGGGUAAGAAGCUACCAUAAAUGUAUCAAUUUUAUUAUUUUGUUUUAACAGCAGUCAGUCUUGUCAUCAAAUUUAAGAAUUUACAGCUUUAAAUGGGUGAAAGGAUCAUGAAUCUUACAAAACUCCAGUUUUCCUAAGAACAUUAGGAAUUUUAAUAUUUUAUGUGUGAACUAAAGUUUCAUAACUUAAUUAGUUGAAGAACCUUAUCAUCAUUAGAAAUAUCUUAUAUUAAGAGCCUUGGAAAAUUUAAAAAAUAAAAAACAGCAGGAAGAACUGUUAAUAUUCCUCAUUCAGACUUUGUAGAACUGAAAAUAUUUUACUGCUAAAUGUUUUUGUAGAACAUAUUCAUUAUACAUCAGAAAUAACACAACUGGAUACCACCAAAAAGUAUUAACAUGAAAUACUUGUUUUAUUAAAUAUUUUGUUGAAAAAACAAAUUACUCUUAUGAUACAGACAUGCACAUCCUCUACAGCUUCUGCCAGUUAGUAAUACUUGUUUGGUACAUCUAAUUCAACAAGUGCUAUUGAACAUCAUGCACACCUGGCUGCACCUACUGUUACUAUUAAAUAUAGUUUUUCUGACUUGUAAUUCUUACCCUACAGGAGACACACGUUGAUUUAUAUAAUGUACCUCUUAUAUAUAUAUGUAUUGUAUAGAUUUGGUUUAAAUUGUUUUAGGUUACAUUCUUAAAAAUUGAGUGUUGCCCUUUCAAAUGAUCAAUUGAAAAUCAAGUAAUAAAAACAGUAAAUAAUGUUGCAGUAUUUUUUCCAAUAUUGAUAAAAAAGUAAAUAUUUAGGAAGUUUUAAGUAUAUUUUUUGUUUACAGUUUGUGAGGUGAGUACAACAUGCAUUUACUUGUUGAUUUCAAAAUAGCAAAGCAAUGUGUUAGUUAUAAGCUUCUGAUUUUGUGUGAUUAAGAGUAAAUUAAGUAAUUGAUGACAUUACAUGAUAUGAAUAUUUGGAUGCUGUAACUGUUUUCUAUAUUUUUUUGUUGCUGGCUGAAUCAAUAAACUGGUUAAAAUAAUCCAAA